GUUGUUGCCAAACACGUCGGGUGGUGUCCCGGACGGUGAAUCGUGAUUGAUGGGCAAAAAAUGGGUUCUGGGAAAAAAAUUGGCAAAUCAAAUAUGCAUGAGAACCGUUGGAUAGGAACUAGGUCCAACGGUUUUCUCGAGUACUGUCACAGACCCACAAUGUUCCUCCCUCUUGAGAACUGUCUUGUUUCUCUGCUUCUGGGCCUCUGGCCCCGCUUCUUCUUCCCUCGUUCUUCCGAAGUGAAAGGGUCAGGUCAGGGUCACUGAAUUCCUGCACAUGGCUUGAUGGAGACACUACUAAAUUCUUCCUUCCUUCCACCUUACUCUCCUCCUGGACAGCACCCACUUCCUUACUUCUUCCCUCCGCUCCCCAAAUCCCUAAAACCCUUAAAACCCAGAAACGACAGGAACACGAGUCUCUUUGCUUCGGUACCCAGUGUCUCUGCAAACUGGACUCUGAGUGAUGGAAAUUCGAGGAAAACCUUUAGAAGAAACCUCCGGAAGAAGCCUCUAUCGGACGAUGACGCCCGGCGUAUAAUAAAGGAGCGGGCAAGAUACCUAAGCGUGCUGCGGAGGAACCAGGGGUCCCAAGCACAGGCACCUAAAUGGAUCAGGAGGACGCCGGAGCAGAUGGCUCAGCUGUUAAAGGACGACAGGGACGGCCACAUCUACGGGAAGCACGUCGUCGCGGCAAUCAAGACGGUGCGAGGAUUGUCGACGAGGCCGGAGGGGUCGUACGACAUGAGGCAAGUUAUGAGCUCGUUCAUCACGAAGCUGACGUUCAGGGAGAUGUGCAUCGUCUUGAAGGAGCAGAGAGGUUGGAGGCAGGCGAGGGAUUUCUUUUGGUGGAUGAAAUUGCAGCUCUGUUAUAGACCUAGUGUUAUUGCCUACACUCUCCUUUUACGGGUCUAUGGACAAGCAGGGAAGAUUAGUCUUGCUGAGGACACUUUUUUGGAGAUGAUAGAAGUUGGUUGUGAACCAGAUGAAGUUGCUUGUGGCACUAUGCUUUGUACAUAUGCUAGAUGGGGCCGCCAUAAAGCUAUGCUGUCAUUUUAUUCUGCUGUUUGUGAACGGGGCAUUCUUCCAUCCAUUGCAGUAUUAAAUUUUAUGAUCUCUUCUCUGCAGAAAAAAUCAUUGCAUGAGGAAGUUCUAAGAAUGUGGGAGCAAAUAAUAGAAUUAGCAGUCACUCCCAAUCAUUUCACAUAUACAAUUGCAAUAAAUUCAUAUGCAAGAAAAGGGCUACUGGAGGAAGCUUUAUGUACACUAAGGAGAAUGAAAAAUUCGGGACUUGUUCCUGAGGAAUUAACGUACAGUCUUCUUAUAAGCUUGUGUUUGAAACUAAAUCAACAAGCUAAUGCUGUAGAGCUGUAUGAAGAUAUGAAAUCCCAAGGUGUUACUCCUAGUAACUACAUGUAUGCUUCAAUGUUGUCUCUUUACCAAAAGGAAGGUGAAUAUACAAAAGCUCUUGCACUCUUCUCAGAGAUGGCAAGAAAUAAGAUUGCUGCUGAUGAAGUCAUCUAUGGCAUUAUGAUCAGGAUAUAUGGAAAACUUGGACUUUACAUGGAAGCAGAAAGUACUUUUAAAGAGGUUGAGCAGUUGGGACUUCUUAAUGAGGAAAAAACAUAUGUAGCAAUGGUUCAAGUCCGCCUCAAUGCAGGUAAAUAUGAUAUGGCCUUAAGCCUUUUGGAGCAGAUGCAAUCUAGAAACAUUCCCUUUUCCAUGUUUGCAUACAGCACCCUUCUUCAUUGUCAUGUUUGUAAGGAAGAUGUGGCGGCUGCUGAAAGUACGUUCCAGGUUAUGUCCAAGAUGGGUACACCUGAUUCUUCUGCUUGUAAUGACUUGCUUAGUUUGUAUGUAAAAUUGGGUUUACUCAAAAAGGCUAAGGCUUUCAUACUUAAUCUGAAAAACAAAAAGAUAAAGUUUGAUAUGCCCUUGUACAGGACUGUCAUCAAAGUAUAUGGUAAAGAAGGGUUGGUAAAUCAAGCUGAGGAACUCGUGAAUGAGAUGCAAAGUUACGGACUAGAAUUGGAUGAUUUCACAAAAACUUCUUUGGUUCGCAUGUAUGGAGAAUCUGGGAAAAUGAUUGAAGCAGAAAAUACUUUUAAGGCCUUGGAAAAACCUGAUGCUGUGGCUCUCAGUUUAAUGCUUCAGCUGCACUUGGGAAAUGGUGAUGAUAUUAAAAUCAAUGGCUUCCUGACAUCUCUCUUGGAGACUUCUGGUGGCCUGGAAGCUGCAAGCCAUCUGAUACGAAAAUUUGUUAAAUCAGGUGAGAUAAAUAAGGCUGAAAAACUCCAUUUUCUUGUGGUUGAGCUAGGUGAAAAGCCUGGAGAUACAAGUAUUGCUUCUUUGAUCAGUUUUUAUGGUAGGCAGCAUCAACUCAGACAAGCAAAGAAAGUGUUCAAUUCUGUAACAGGUUCCUCUGCAGUUGGAAGACCUGUAUAUAGUUCUAUGGUUGAUGCCUAUGCCAGAUGUGGUAACCUGGAAGAAGCAAAUCGUCUUUAUGAAGAAAUGGUUGCUCAAGGUCUUGGUCAGGAUGCUGUGACUAUCAGUGUUAUGGUGAACGCUUUUACUAAUCAUGGAAGGUUUCAAGAUGCAGAGAUGAUGAUUCAUAGAAGCUUCGAAGAAAAUGUGGAACUUGACACUAUUGCAUACAAUACAUUUAUUAAGGCAAUGCUUGAAUCAGGUAAACUGUUAUUGGCAGCCAACAUAUAUGAUCGCAUGGCUUCAUCUGGUGUUCCUACUUCACUUCAGACGUAUAGCACAAUGAUAAGUGUCUAUGGCAAAGCUGGAAAUCUUGAUAAAGCUUCUGAAAUGUUUAAUACAGUGCUUAGUGCUGAUAUUAAAGUUGAUGAGAAGGCAUAUACAAACAUGAUUACUUGUUAUGGGAAAGCUGGUAGAACAAGUGAGGCAUUUGCUUUAUUCAAUGGGAUGAAGAAAGAAGGAAUAAGACCUGGAAAGAUCAGCUACGAUACCAUGAUCAAUGCCUUUGCUGUUGCGGGCCUUUAUGAACAAGCUCAGCAACUUUUUCAGACCAUGCAAAGUGAGGGAUAUUGUCCAGACACCUUUACACAUCUUGCACUUACUCGAGCAUACUUGGAAGGUAAAAAGUACUUGGAAGCAGAGGAAAUUAUCCAUGUGAUGCGUAACAAAGGACUGCGUCCCACCUGUGCAUAUUUCAAUGAGAUUAUUACUGCCUAUUCCAAAGCUGGACUGGUUACCGAUGCUGAAAGAGUCUAUGUACGGAUCAGUGAAACUGGUAUAGCACCUGAUAUCUCAUGUUACAGGACAAUGCUUAGGACAUAUAUGGAGAACGGGUGCUUGGAUGAAGGAAUUUCAUUUUUCAGGAGCAUUUAUCGGACUGUGAAGCCUGAUAUUUUCAUUCUAAGUGCAGCAGUUCAUCUCUAUGAGCAUGCAGGAAUGAAACAUGAGGCUGAGGAUGUUCUUGAGUUCCUGAACAUGCAUGGCCUGGCGUUUCAGAAGAAUCUGAGGGUUGGGAGAAAGGUUGUCCAACAUUAGUCAUGCAUGCAAAACACAGCCUAGACUUUCCUGGGCGUGGGCAAGUUCUUGUUCAGGUGCUGCCCAGUGAUUCACUCCAAGGUUGCUACAUUGCAGGAGUAUGAUUCUGUACAAUGCUGUGAUUGUGGUAACCAUGUUCUACGCUUUAUGUCAAAGGACACGAUUGUGCAAUUACAUGGACCAACAUUUGAAUGGUGGGCCAUACAAGACCAGGAGAUAAUACAGUUCAGCUGCUGGUGAUGGAAAAGAACAUGAAAGGCGCUAAUUGUAAUUUAGUUGUCAGAUUAAAAGAUAAUUAAGCAGAACUCCUGUUUAGGCCAUCCUAGAGUUGCUUGGAUGGUGGGCUAAGCCUUGAAUUAAACUCUCUCUCUCUCUCUCCCUCCACUCACAUACACAAUAUUCUUUUUGUUGUAAUUGUGAAUAAAGGUUAUCAGGGUAAUGAUAUUUUGUUCUCCUCA